AUGCUUUUCAACAUCAUUGUCGGCUUUGCCUUGGCCACGAGUGCCAUUGCGGCCCCGUUCACAACAUCUGGUCUCAACAGUACCAAGUGGACACCGGAUCAUAUCCUCCAGCCAGACGAGGUCAUCCUUUAUGGCGAGGACCGAAUGGAAAUCGUCCAUGAAAGUGUCUACCACGCACUCCUGGCAUCGCAAGCGAUUUCGCUCGAUGUCCCCGAGGUCGAUGAUACACCCCACAGUAUCUCCAACAGCGGCCGAAACGAAACCAACCUGAAUGCCCGUGCCGACUGCGGGUACACCACUGCCGUCGUCACCGACAGAUCUCAGACCUUCAUCGACUGGGACGUGCAGAUGUCCCCCGUCGUCAUCGGCACUGGAGCUGGCAUGGACGUCUACGUCAGUUCCGGCUACAGCGUGAGCAAUGGUAUCAGUGUUAGUGCCGGCCUUGACUGGACUGCCAUCAAAGAUAAGCUGGGCCUUUCAGUGGGCAUCGACUACUCUCGCACUUGGACCACCCAGACCGUGAUCAAUAUCAAGGGAACGGUUCCGAAUGGCUACUCUGGAGUGAUGAUCACCAAGCCCAUCAAGACUCGCAGAUUUGGCCGCCUUCUGACUGGUUGCCUGGGCCAUCAGACUCAGAAGGGAACCUUCUCGGCGGACUCUUACCAAGAGGGUGCUUAUGCUGGUGUGAAGUGGGUUUCGGGUGCUAUCACUAUGUGCACCAAGAAGCAGUUCCCUCUGUCUCGUUGUAAUGGACUUGGAAACUUCGUUUAA